GUCCUUUGCCUCCAACCGACGCCGUGCCUGCCUCCUGCCUGGGACACCUCCAGGCCCGGGAGAUCCUGCUCUCCCCUGGACACCGACGCCCCAACUUUUUACGCGCAGUCUGCGCCCCCUGAGUGUCCGGCUCCUGUGCCAAGGAGCGCGCGCCUCUUCCGGGGGCCGGCGACGCUCCCAACCUCCCAGCUCGUCUUCCUCCUCCCCGGAGUGAGUGUGGGGCUGGGUAAGCCUGCAUCCGCGGUGCACUUGAACGUUCUCAACGCUCGGGAUUCGCCCCCGCCUCGGAGCCGACCCUCGAGGAGGGAUUGAGCCCCGGAGGUCCAGGCCUCUGAUUCAGAAACUCGAGUCGGCCCCCGUCGUUUGCUCUCCGAACCCGGGUGCCCGUCGCGGAUCCGCCGGCGGAGGAUCGGGGCGCUGCGGGCUGUGUCGCCCCGUCGGUGCUGCGCGCACCAUGGCCGGCUGCUGCUGUCUGUCCGCGGAGGAGAAGGAGUCGCAGCGCAUCAGCGCCGAGAUCGAGCGGCAGCUUCGCCGGGACAAGAAGGACGCGCGCCGCGAGCUCAAGCUGCUGCUGCUGGGAACUGGUGAAAGUGGCAAAAGCACCUUUAUCAAGCAGAUGAGAAUCAUCCAUGGGUCUGGUUACAGCGAUGAAGACAGAAAGGGGUUCACUAAGCUGGUUUACCAAAACAUCUUCACCGCCAUGCAAGCCAUGAUCAGAGCCAUGGACACCCUGCGGAUCCAGUAUGUGUGUGAGCAGAAUAAGGAAAAUGCCCAGCUCAUCAGAGAAGUGGAAGUGGACAAGGUCUCCGUGCUCUCCAGGGACCAGGUGGAGGCCAUCAAGCAGCUGUGGCAGGACCCAGGAAUCCAGGAGUGUUACGACAGGAGGAGGGAAUACCAGCUGUCAGACUCUGCCAAAUAUUACCUGACGGACAUUGACCGUAUCGCCACGCCAUCGUUUGUGCCAACGCAGCAAGACGUGCUUCGUGUCCGAGUGCCCACAACCGGCAUCAUUGAGUAUCCGUUUGACUUGGAAAACAUCAUCUUUCGGAUGGUGGAUGUUGGUGGCCAGCGAUCUGAAAGACGGAAAUGGAUUCACUGCUUUGAGAGUGUCACCUCCAUUAUUUUUCUGGUUGCUCUGAGUGAAUAUGACCAGGUCCUGGCUGAGUGUGACAAUGAGAACCGCAUGGAAGAGAGCAAAGCCUUAUUUAAAACCAUUAUCACCUACCCCUGGUUUCUGAACUCAUCUGUGAUUUUGUUCUUAAACAAAAAGGAUCUUUUGGAAGAGAAAAUCAUGUACUCUCAUCUAAUUAGCUAUUUUCCAGAAUACACAGGACCAAAGCAGGAUGUCAAAGCUGCCAGAGACUUUAUUCUGAAGCUUUAUCAAGAUCAGAACCCUGACAAAGAGAAAGUCAUCUAUUCCCACUUCACGUGUGCUACAGACACAGAGAAUAUCCGCUUUGUGUUUGCUGCUGUGAAAGACACAAUUCUACAACUAAACCUGAGGGAAUUCAACCUAGUGUAAAAGCUGCUGCCCACUCCUCACCCAUACCAGAAGACAGGAUUUGCAAGCUCUUUGUGUUUUAUUUGCAAGUGCUUCUGACAUCACUUGACCCAGCCCACUGGUGGUACCACGUCCAUCAUGCAGGCCACAGGGACAGAGAUGGGGGAUAGAGCUUGUAAGAUGUCUGAGUUUAGCAAAAAUUUUUUCAAAGUCUUUAUUUCCAAAUCGUUUUUAUAUUUCUUUGCUUGACUUUUGGCCGUGAGAUUUUGUGUAAUUUUUGAACUUGAUUAUUUUACAAAGCCACUGUGAUUUACUUUUUUUUUAAUUAAAUUUAAGUGUGUUUAAUAAUAGCCAUUAAAAAAUCACA